AUUUAAUUUUGAAUCGGGCAGUGAUGAAUAAAACUUAUUCAGGACCUUCGCAGAAGAAGGAUACCUCUUCUUCUGAUUUCUCUCACACUUUUCCAUUAAAUGAUCCAGCAAGAAAUAUGAGUGAGGAGGAACAGAAACAGGAAAAAGAAAGAUUUAUGAUGGAGAUACAAUACUUGAUGUCAGAUGAAAUAUUUGACGACGUUGUUAUAACACCUGCACCGUCAGAUAAUUGCAGUUUAACAGAAAGAUUUGGCAGGCUAGAAGUAUUCAAAAAACCUGUGUUGUUUAUCUACUCUGACAGUGACAACAACCUCACAAUUUCAGAACUUGUUAUGGCACAGAUAAGUAGAUUUUCACUUGGGAGCACAGUUCGGUCAGAGACAAAAGGUAUUUGGGCCUGGUGUAAACCUCAUCCAACACAAAAAGAACAAGUUUUACUUUUACUUGAUACAGAAGGUUUAGGAGAUGUAGCCAAGUUAUACCUCUACUAA